GUUAGGCGUGUUGGUUCCUGAAAAGUGUCUCUCUCUUCCUGCGCUGGGAACAGCAGUUCAGGCAGGCGACGUACUGUGUCAUUCUGCGUAAAAACCGGCGCGGUAUCCAUGGUGACAGACAACGCUUGGAUCGCUCUUCCUGGCCAAGCGCACAGAAGGAAACAGCGUAACACUUUUUAGUGAGAUAAUUGCUGUUUUGCUUCUUUCGUUUCAAGAAAAUUGGCCCAAUGGGAGAGAGAGAGUCUGUGGAGAGAGAGGAGAUGGGCCUGCACAUUCCCUACUACCCUCUCCCAGAGGAAAUACAACAGAUGGAGAGGUCGGAGACUGUGUGUCAGUACUGCGGUGUGAGUUAUCUCAUCCUCCACGAGUUCCAGCUCCUCCAGGACAGGUUGGCCCAGGUGGAGAGAGAGCUCCAGAACCAGAGAGGGACCACAGAGAGAGAGAGAGCCAAGAGAGAGCUGCUGGAACUGGGCAGAGAGGAGUGGGAGAGGGCUCUGAGAGAAGAGAUCCAGAGAGGGGCCACAGAGAAAGAGAAAGUCCUGAGAGAAGAACAUGAAAAGAGGUUUGAAGAGAGGAGAUUCCUAAAUGAGGAGAUAGAAAAAAGGAGUGAGGAGAGAUGGAGAGUCCUGAAAGAAAAACUCCAACAGUCCAGCACUCAUCUGGAGGAACAGAGGGAAGACCUGCAUCAGCUGGAAGAGAGGCUGAAGAGUGUGGGUUUGGAGCGAGGCAUGACAGAGGGGCUGCUGUGUAAAGAGAGAGAGCUCUGCCAACAGCUCAGAGAGAGGUGCGUAAGACAGCAGCAGGCCCUGACUGCCACCCUGUCUCUGCUUCGAUGCUCUCGUGAGGAGCUAAGAGAUGUACAGGGUUUCCUUAGCCAACUGACAGGGGCCUGGGAGGACUGCAGUUCACAGCUACUGGAGAGGAGCAGGGAGUCAUACUCAGAGCUCAGGGAGGAGCUGAGGAGUGUGUGUGUCGAACUCCAGAGGAUCAGGACGGAGAGAGAGAACGUGGAGCAGAAACUCAUAGUUCAGAGCAGAAAGACAGAAGAGCUGGUGAACCAACAGACACACGCCCAGAGGGAGCACAGAGAGAGACUUCUCAGGCUGUCCCAAGAGCUCAGGGAGAAGGAGGAAGGCUGGUUGUCAUGCCAAUGCAGGUGUAACUCUCUACAAUCACAGCUGUUGGCAUGUCAACAGAGAGAGGAGGAGGCAACCCGGAAGUACUCUGUGGCUGAGCAGGAAGUGGAAGCUCUGAGGAGAAAACUAGAACACGCCCAACAAAAGAGCAAAGACCUGAGGAGAGACAGUGAGAAGAUGAUGGAGUCCCACCGUAAAGCCUUGACCAAGAUGGAGGAUGACUACAGACAGGAGCUGCCCUUCAAGCUACAGGCAGUUCUGGAGGAGCAGAGGACCCAGAAUGCUGUGCGUCUCAAGGAGCAGGAAGAGGAGCUAAAGAGGGAGGCGGCAUUAGAGCUGGUGAUUGACAGGGAGAAGAGUCAGGAGCUGCUGCUGCAGUACCAGAGAGAGAAGGAGCAGAUGCAGAGGAAGCUAUCCUCCCAGGUCCACUCAGCCACACAGGAGCUCAGAGAGGAGGUGCAGAGGCUGAGGGAGAUGCAGGAGGAGAGGAGCACUAAAGAGGAGAGGCUACAGCGUGUACUACAGCACUCACAGCAACAGGGGGCGCUAGAGCUGAGCCAGGCCAGAACAGAACUGCAGCUGCUGAGAGGAGAGAACACUGGACUACAGGACGAGGUGGUAUUGCUUCAGGAGACAGUGAGGAGAGAGUGUGAAGAGAGAGGGGAGCUGACCGCUGCUCUUACCCAAGCUAGAGAGCAGCUCCUGGUGCUACGACGCCAAGCCUCGCCCCUGGAUCUCUCCCACCUCAAGGGCAAACACCCCCAGACAGACCUCCCACAUUCCCAGACCAAAGUCAGACUGCCCCUCACCCGCUCCUUCACCCCCCAGCACACACUGAGACCCUCCCCUCCAUACACAGCCACGGGGGGGAGAGAAGGGGGAGGCGUGGGAAGGAGUGUGGCAUCCUGGCACGGUAGUGGGGGAGGGGCUGGGGAGAAAGGGAGAGGGGGAGAGAGAGGGGGGAACCUGCCCAAACUGAGGUCCAGCAGUGAGGUCAAACACAGAGUUAAUCUGGUGAUGGGGAGGAAGGAGAGAUCCUGAAACACACUGUGUUACUCACACAGACAUUUAGGAAAAGAGAUGAAACGUGCCGCACACACAUAUAUAUGGUCACCUACACUCACAGGCACAUGAUACACUGUGGGCUGAGAAUUCUGCUUCAAUAACGUUCACAGACACUCACACUCCAUCCCAGAGACAAACACACUUGAGUUCACACACACAUUCAAACAGCCUCCCUCAGUCAGUUUCAAUGGCACGCCACAGCUUUCAGCUUUCAAACAAACACACACUCACACUCCAUCACGAGGCCAGGAGAGUAGAAGCUUGACAGCACAUCCCCUGCCACCCGCAGACACAAACAAAGGCCUGACAUGCACUCACUGCAGCACACAUACACACACGGACACACACACACAUGGACACACACACACACACACACACAGACAAACUCGCAUGCACAUGCGUGCACACACACACACAUGGACACACACAGACACACACACACACACACAGACAGAGACACACUCGCAUGCACAUACACUCAUCCUCUCGAUUUGUCUCAGAGCCUUCUCUAUUACAGAUGUGCUAUAACUCACUCACACACACACUCGAAGAGCAUUGUCCCUCACAGGGAUAGUCUCACUAACUCACACACAGACACACACAAAGACAGACACACACGCCUGUCUGAAUAUUGGUAGUGGAGCUAUGGCACAGCAGUCACACACACAUUGUGUGUGGUUUUGUGAGAAAGCAUCCCAUAAUAUCUAUUGAUGUUUUUUAGUGCGACUCAUCGUUGUUCCUGGUGCUCAUGUUCUCCCUCCAGAUGCACUCCUGACCUUUCACCUCUCCUUUCAUCUCCUCCUCCCUAUCGCCCUGCGGCCUCGCGCCUCACUUCCUGCUACCGUGACCUCCACUUCCUGAACCUCCUCUACCACUCUUUGAAGAGGGCAGGUCUUUCAACACGGACCAGAGUUAUAAACACACUCUCUAUCUUGCUUUCUCUCUCUCUCUCUCUAUCUUGCUUUCUCUCUCUCUCUCUCUAUCUUGCUUUCUCUCUCUCUCUCUCUCUCUCUCUCUCUCUCUCUCUCUCUCUCUCUCUCUCUCUCUCUCUCACUACCUUUUUGCCUCCAUCCAUAUCUCUUCCUUCCACCCUCUCUCUGCCAGUCUCCUUUUCUUCCUGUGAUUGUGGGUAUGUAACGGGUGGCCUUGUAUGUACGUGUGUUUUGGGUGACCGUGUCUCUGUGAGGGAGAGGGAUGCAGUGUGAAUGGACACUGCUGUUCCCACACUGGGGCAGUCCUACAAGGAAGGCCACUAACUGUUCUGCUUAGGGAGCGGUCGAAAUGUACACAAUUGUUACCCAGAGGAAAAUGGGGGAAUGUCAUGCUAUUUCAGUGUUUAGUACUUUUUCAUUUAGUCCAGGGGAGUGUCAUGUCAUGUGUAAUUGAUUAAAUGUCGUAUUGCUCAGUGUUUA